AUGAUCUCCGGAACAACCUGCUCCCUACGCGCCCUCUGCACCAUCAUGCUAUUGAGUGUCGCGUGCGGGCAAAUCUUCUAUGCGCCAAGAGUGCUGGCCCCUGCUUCAACUUACACCUACUAUCGACCAUUCCCAUCAGUCUUGGCUCCAGCGGCUCCGUUGCUGCUGCUCCAGCGGUGCCUGUUGGACCCCCAGUUCCAGCUUAUGCCGCCCCAAUUGCUCCAGUUGUUGCAGCCGCACCAGCCGUCCCUGCUUAUGCACCGGCUUACUAUGGAAAGAAAUAAACGAAUCACUGGACAGGCAGAAGUCUUUCAACUCCUCCAAUUGCUCAAUGAUUUCUGUACAUGUGCGGUGUCUUUUGAA